GGUGGUGUAUUAUUACAGCUACUACAACUAAUUCUAUUCUAGUUUGUGAAUUACGCGGUGAAGGAAUGUCGAGAAGGCAGCCCAGGGCGAGUUCUUCACAGAGAAGGAGGUCGUACGUGGAACUGCAAGAAGAGGAGGUGCACGAAUUGCGGUUGCAGCGCCGGAAGUGGAGUCGACAGCACGGGCUGGGAUUGACAGUCGCCGGCGGAGGAGGAUCGUUUCCAUACCGGGGCAGAGAUGAAGGAAUUUUCGUGGCGAAAAUUGUGCCGGGAGGAGCGGCCGAUGCUGCUGGACUCAAGUUGGACGAUGAAAUCAUUUCCAUCAACGGCGUUUAUUGCUCAGACCUGGAACACCAUCAAGCCGUCGACCUGCUCAGGAAUUCCGGAGGCGAUUUGCACGUUCGAGUUCUCCGAAAAAUCAGUCGAUUGGUCGAAUCGGCCGUUCCAAUGGCGACCAAUAUGGGCCCACUCAUCCGCUCACGAUCCAGUUACCAGUUGAAUUCCUCGCGGAGAGAUGACAAUAAUCGCAGGAGCCGGACUCCCGAUCCGCCCAGACGACGACGUAUGUCAUCCCACCAUGUGAACGACAUGAUUUACCCGAGUCCGAUGGAAGAGGAAGGUUAUCUGAGACCUAGAACGCCUCCGGUUCGACGGAUGUCCAACUCUUAUCAAGUCCAGUCGCCCAUCACGAGUGUAACUCCGUACCAUUCCAGCAGCGUGGGACUCCAGCACACGUCUCACCUGGAUUCGACCGGCGUCCAUUUCCAUCCGUAUUGUUUCGCUUGUAAUCCGUCCGUCGUCCACCUGAAUCCAUCGCUGAUGGCUCCGCUUCAGUUACCUGCCAUUACGUCAUUCCCCCCGGAGCAUGUUUACGCAACGCCUACGCCAACCACCAGCGGUUAUCCAUCGCCAAUGGAACCGCAAAAGACGUUCAACUCCUCCAGAAAUUCGACGAAAUGGACGGAUGACGAAGAAGAAGAAGAUGACGACAGUUUGUCCGACACGAAUCGAUUCACAGUCAAACUGCAACGCGAUGACGUCACCGGAUUGGGAUUCAUCGUGUCGUCCAGAGACGGCCAGGCCAACUCUGAAGGCGUGUACGUUUCGGGAAUAAUUCAAGGCGGAGUGGCGGAUCGAAGCGGAAUGCUUGCAGUGGGAGAUCGCAUCAUUUCAAUUAACGGACUAGAUGUCGAAAGGGCCAGACAUAAAGAAGUAGUUACUUUGCUGAGUCGUUCCAAACCGUACGUUCAACUGGAAGUGGAGCGCUAUCCAAUCACUCCCAAAGUUGACUACCCAGAAAUAUUCGAUUCCGGAAAUGAGCCGGAACAGUUUAUGGCCAGGCGUAGAAGUUCGCUACGCGGCAGCAUCUCCAAUCAAUCGGAUGCGGGUUUUUCGUCCGCAGGAGCAGCAGCACCCUGGCAGCAAAACAAUUACAGCCAGAUCAAUCACAAUCCUCCGAGACCUCCGCCGGCGCCACUGAAAAGCAGUUUGAAGUCGCACGUACCAAUUCGCACCAGCCAACACAUUCCCAUAUCGAAACCGGGUCGAUAUCCAUCUCCGCCGUCGUCUCCUCCGCCGCCUCCGCAUCGUUUGUCAUCGACCAAUUUCCCUUUGAGACCCGUCUCCGUCGAUCCCAACGAUCUGCAGUUGAGCGAGCUUCAAUUCCCGCCAGCGCCGACGGAAUUGGGCCGUUUUAGAGAGUCCAUUACCAAAAAUACUUUGACCGAAACGGUCGUUACUCGGGUAACGACCAACCAGAAAGGCCAGCGACCCGUCAUUACCGAGGAUGUUGUCAUCCGGAAAGAUAUGGGAACUCGACUGGGGCUGAGAAUUGCCGGCGGCAAAGAUUCUUCUUGCAUUCCGUUCGGGACGGAUGAGCCGGGCAUUUUCAUCUCCAGAGUCAUUCCGCAAGGGACGGCCGGCCGCUCGGGUCGGCUAAGGAUCGGCGAUCGAUUGCUGAAAAUUAACGGCAAGGAAAUCUCCGAUUGGACCCACCACGAAGUGAUUCGGACCCUGUCGGAACCGUCGCAGCAGAUCAUCCUCACCGUCCGUCACGAUCCGCAGCCGGAAGGCCUGGAUGAAUUUCUCAUCCAGCGUAAAGAUGACGAACAGUUUGGCAUCAAAAUUAUCGGUGGAGUACUCGAACAGGACAGCUACUGCGGCAAGAAAUACGAUUCGGGUAUUUUCGUCUACAAAGUCCAUCGGGGCGGAGCCAUCGCUAAAGACGGCCGUGUUAAGGAAGGAAUGCGUUUGCUGGAAGUCAACGGAACUAAUGUGAUUGGUGUAACGCGGCGUGAAGCCAUUGAGGCUUUCCGGAGAGCUGGACACGUGCUCCGGCUUAUGGUCUGCGAUGGAUGGAACAACGACAAUAGUGGCGUAACCAAGGGUGUGUCGGACGGUGACGACGUCAUGAGUAAUCGAUCAUCAGUUAUGAGCGGUUCAAGUUGGUCCGACAGACCCGGAAGCGUCCAAUCUAUGCGCCAUCAGACGCAGAUUAAUGGAUCCAGGCAACCGAACGGUUGGGCGGCCAGUUCGAACGAGUGGAAUUCUAAAUCAACUCCAUCUACAUCUAAAAAGAAAUUCUUGAAAAUGCCGGACUUGACGGGAUCGAAACACUUCCCGAAAUCUACCAACGUGUCAAAAGAAGCUGAUGAUGUCAAAACGACCACCAUCGUCAUGUCGAGGACGUCCGUCAACAAACCUGACAGGGAGGUCUUUGACGAGUAUUAAUUCAAUUAGUAAUAUACUAUAUCCGUGUUCCGAUUUUGCGUGAAACAACAUUUCAUUAAAUGCGUUCAAUACACGUAACAUUUGUGUUUUCUUACAAA